UUAAAAUUAGAUAUAAUGGUUUAUGAAAAACAGUUUUACGAAAAAGGUCCUAUGGUCGAGGAUUUAUUGCCUUCGGAGGCCAGUGAAAGGGUUUUUCUAUUUCAAGACCGUUUUGAAGAAUUAGUUUCGUUAGUGGAACGUUACCAAGAUGGCGAACGUUUAUUCAAAACACCAGUGACUAUAUAUCCUUCUAUGGAUGAAAUUAGACGAGUUUUCAACUUGCUAAAAAAACUAUACGGCCUAUUUAGUACAAUGAACUAUUCCAUUGAGAUCUGGUUGAAGAUACCAUGGAAUCGUUUAAAAAUAAAUGAAAUAAUUGAUACCUUAGUAGAUUAUGCCAAUAAAUGUCGUAGACUUCCUAAAAGUUUAAGAUCAUGGCCAGCAUUUAAUGAAUUAAAAGAUAAAAUCGAUGAGUGGACUGGAAAAAUUAUAUUAAUAGAAAUGAUGUCUAAAAACGGACUAAAAGAGAGGCAUUGGAAAAUGUUAGAAAAAGUAACUAAUACAGAAUUGAAUGUCAGUGAAAGUGAUUUUACGCUGAAGAAUAUUAUGACAGCCCCUUUAUUGGAGAACAAAGAUGAAAUAGAAGACAUAUGCCAAACGGCGAUCAAAGAAAUAGAUAUUGAAGCGAAAUUGAGACAAAUAAUAAUGGAUUGGUCCACUAUUAAAGUAGAAUUGAGUACAUUUAAAAAUAGAGGACUAUUACUUGUAAAAGGACAGGAGUUAGCAGAAGUUGUUAAUAUGUUGGAAGACAGUCAAAUGAUAAUGAGUUCUUUAGCAUCCAAUAGAUAUAAUAUUGCGUUUAAAUCGGAAAUAAUGGACUGGGUAAAAAAAUUCUCCGUAACUAGCCAAGUUUUAGAAAAUUGGAUACUUGUACAAAACCUUUGGAUGUAUUUAGAAGCUGUUUUUGUGGGAGGGGAUAUUUCUAAGCAACUUCCCCUUGAAACUAAACGUUUUACGGCUGUCGAUAAAUUAUGGGUCCAAAUAAUGAAUAAAGCUCGAUUUGUCGAAAAUAUAAUUGAAAUUUGUACUGAUGAUGGAACAAUGGAAAUAUUUUUACCAUACAUGUACGAACAGUUGGAGUUAUGUCAAAAAUCAUUAGCAGGAUAUUUGGACAAAAAAAGAUAUAUAUUUUCAAGAUUUUACUUCAUAUCGGAUCCAGUACUUUUGGAAAUCCUCGGCCAAGCUUCGAAUUCUCAUGCUAUCCAACCUCAUCUUUUGAGUCUUUUUGAUAACACUGCCAAAUUAAUAUUUAGUCGGACCGAAUAUGACAAAUCGUUAGAGAUUGUAUCCAAAGAAGGUGAAGGAAUAGUAUUAGAAAAUCAUGUGUUAUGCGUAGGAGGAGUAGAAAAUUGGCUUAAUGUUCUACUUAAAGAAACCAAAUACACCGUAAAUCAAAUUAUAGCGAAUGUAGAAAGCUAUAUUGUAAAAGAUCCAACAUUUUCGGUUCUGACAAUGAUCAAUCAAUUUCCUUCACAAAUGGGCCUGGUUGGUAUACAAAUGUUAUGGACAAGUCACACGGAAAAUGCAAUUAAAAAUUCAACCAUCGUGAAAAAAAUCAUGAGAGACACUAAUAAUCAUUUUAUUAAAAUCCUCAAUAUGCUCAUUGAUUGUACUACCAAGAAUUUGACAAAAAUGGAACGACUAAAAUACGAAUCUUUGAUUACUAUACACGUUCACCAAAGAGAUAUUUUCGAAGUUCUGUAUCGUAUGAAAAUUACAAGCUUAUCGGAUUUCGAAUGGUUAAAACAAGAACGUUUUUAUUUUAACGAAGAGUUAGACCAGGUCGAAGUGUACAUAACCGAUGUACUUUUCGUAUACCAGAACGAAUUCUUAGGCUGUUCGGAUAGGCUUGUAAUCACACCACUGACCGAUCGCUGUUACAUUACUUUGGCCCAGGCUGUUGGAAUGAAUAUGGGUGGAGCGCCUGCCGGACCAGCGGGUACUGGAAAAACCGAAACAACAAAAGACAUGGGAAAGUCUCUAGGAAAAUAUGUGGUAGUGUUCAAUUGUUCUGAUCAAAUGGAUUACCGAGGGUUAGGCCGGAUUUUCAAAGGCUUGGUGCAUUCAGGGACAUGGGGUUGUUUUGAUGAGUUUAACCGCAUUGAAUUACCCGUGCUUUCAGUAGCUGCUCAGCAGAUAUAUAUAGUGUUUAGUGCUCGUAAAUAUAGAAGAGAAGUAUUCACUUUCAGUGACGGAGACAAAGUCCCUAUGAACUCAGAGUUUGCCAUAUUUCUGACGAUGAAUCCUGGUUAUGCAGGUCGUCAAGAACUACCAGAAAACCUGAAAGUACUUUUUAGAAGUGUUGCUAUGAUGGUUCCCGACCGUUUGAUAAUAAUACGAGUAAAAUUAGCAGCAUGUGGAUUUAAAAAUAAUAUAAUAUUAUCUAAAAAAUUUUUUAUAUUAUAUCAACUGUGUGAAGAGCAAUUAAGUAAACAGGUGCAUUACGAUUUUGGUCUACGAAAUAUAUUGGCCGUUUUACGAACACUUGGUACACAAAGAAGAAGUAACCCAAAUGAAUCGGAAGAAACCAUACUUAUGAGAGUUUUAAAGGGAAUGAAUGUUUCAAAGUUGGUCGAUCAAGACGAAACGAUAUUUUUAUCAUUAAUCGAGGAUUUAUUUGUUGGUAUGAGAUCAACUUCAUCAUCUUAUAAAGAAUUACAAUUGGCCAUAAAGAGAUCGUGCACUGAGCUUUCAUUGAUUAAUAAUCCUACCUGGAAUCUGAAAAUCGUUCAAGUUUAUGAAACAUCAUUAGUACGUCAUGGGUUAAUGAUAUUAGGACCAACUGGAUCAGGUAAAACCACUGCUAUCCAUUGUCUUUUAUCAGCUUUAACCAAAACGGGUAUGUCGCAUUUUGAGCUUCGGAUGAAUCCUAAAGCCAUAACAGCAUCACAGAUGUUUGGAAGGCUUGAUGUAGCCACUAAUGAUUGGACAGACGGUAUAUUUUCAACGUUGUGGAGAAGAACAUUAAAAUUUAAGUCAAACGAAUAUUGUUGGAUUGUAUUGGAUGGGCCUGUCGAUGCAGUGUGGAUUGAAAAUUUGAAUUCUGUUUUGGAUGACAAUAAAACGCUUACAUUAGCAAACGGCGAUAGAAUCGUAAUGGCUGCAAAUGCCAAGCUUUGUUUUGAACCAGAUAAUGUCGACAAUGCUUCCCCGGCUACGAUAUCUAGAAUGGGAAUGACAUUUUUCUCAUCUACCGUAUUACCAUGGAAAACGAUAUUUGAAGGAUGGAGUAAAAGCAAACCUGAUUACGUAUUCAAAUACUUUCAAAAUGUAUUUAAUAAUACUUACGACGAACUGUUGAAAGUGCUACAAUCUAGCCUGAAUCCCAAAAUGAAUUUGUUGGAUGCUCAUUAUAUUCAUCAAACGUGUGAUAUUCUGGAUGGACUUUUAAACAUGUUUCCUGAAACUUUAUAUUUGUCAGAAAAAAUAUUGUCAUGUUGUUAUACUUUUGCAAUAAUGUGGAGUGUUGCAGCUGUUUUAGAAUCAUCUGAUAGACAAUUACUCGAAUAUUUCAUUAGAACAGACCUAAAAGGAAAAGUUGAUGUACCUAAACUAAAAGAGGGUGAAUCGAUUUAUGAGUUUACCAUUUCAUCAAAUGGUGAAUGGCAACAUUGGGGAACAGUUAUAGACGAAUACAUUUACCCCAAUGACUAUAUACCUGUGUACGGUGAUAUAUUGGUGUCAAAUUUGGACAACGUUCGUACCAUAUUUCUGAUAUCGUUGAUUGCAAGCCAAGAAAAAAAUGUUCUAUUAAUCGGAGAACAAGGUACUGCAAAAACGGUGAUGAUUAAAAGUUACAUGCAAGAUUUUGAUCAGGAAGCGAGAAUGAGUAAAAUUUUUAAUUUUUCCUCAGCUACUACUCCGAAUAUGUUUCAGAAUACUAUUGAAAGUUAUGUAGAGAAACGAUUCAGUACCACUUAUGGUGCUCCGGGUAAUCGCAAAAUGACAAUAUUCAUCGACGAUAUAAAUAUGCCUAUAAUUAAUGACUGGGGAGAUCAAGUUACCAACGAAAUAACGCGUCAACUUUUAGAAAAUAAAGGUUUCUAUUCAUUAACAAAACCAGGAGAUUAUUUUAAUAUUGUUGGAAUCAAUAUGCUCGGCGCCAUGAUUCAUCCAGGAGGUGGUCGGAACGACAUACCGCCCAGACUAAAGAGACAGUUCUGCAUAUUUAACUGUACAUUACCAUCAAACUCGUCCAUGGACAAAAUAUUCGGUGCUUUAGGAUGUGGAUAUUUUUGUAUUGAACGUUUUAACCAAGAGAUAGUUGCACUUGUUCCAUCGUUGGUGACAUUAACUCGAAUUGUGUGGCAGAAGACCAAACAAAAAUUAUUACCAACUCCAGCUAAUUUCCAUUACGUUUUCAACUUAAGAGAUUUAUCACGAAUUUGGGAAGGAAUGUUACAGAUAUGUACAGAAGAGUGUCCAAACAAUGCUACCUUAUUAAAAUUAUGGUGUCAUGAAAUACAGCGGGUGAUACUCGAUAAGCUUACGAGUACUAUGGACAAAAAUUGGUUCACAGAAACUGUCAAAAUCAGCGCAGGAGAUUUUCUGAUACCAGAAAUAUUUCAAUUAUUCCCGGAUGAUAUGAGCACAAAUGUGUUUGUAGAUUUUAUGCGUGAUGUAACCGAAGCAACCGGUGAUGAGCCUGAUGAUUAUAUAUCUGAAAAUCCUAAAAUAUAUGAACAUAUCGAUGAUUUUGAAGUAUUAAAAAGUAGAAUGUUAAUGUACAUGUAUCAAAUGAACGAGGCAACACAUGGUUCUUCAAUGGAUUUAGUUUUCUUCAGAGACUGUAUGAUUCAUCUCACUAUCAUAUCCCGUAUAUUAAGAAUACCACGUGGGAACGGUUUGCUUGUUGGUGUUGGAGGUUCUGGCCGAAGAUCAGUUACUACUUUAGCGUCAUUCAUUGCUGGUUAUUUUCAGCAUUCAAUUUUCCUAACAAGAUCUUACGGCAUAAAUAAUUUUUUGGACGACAUAAGAUUACUCUAUAAACGUGCUGGUUUGGAAGGUUUAAAAACUACAUUUGUUUUUACCGACAAUGAUAUCAAAGAAGAAGCAUUUCUAGAGUAUAUUAAUAACAUAUUAAGUUCAGGAGAAGUAGCAAGCUUAUUCUCCAAGGAUGAGUUAGAAGAAAUGUUAAACAAUUUAACACCAAAUUUCAAAAAGAAGUACCCUAAAGGAAAUCCAACAAUGGAAAACUUAUAUGAUUUUUUCAUUAAACAAGCUAUGAGUAAUCUGCAUUUGGUUUUAUGCUUUUCACCGAUCGGUGAGAGCUUCCGUUUACGUUCGUUAAAGUUUCCUGGAAUAAUAUCAGGUUGUAUAAUCGAUUGGUAUACAUUGUGGCCAUCGGAUGCUUUACUAGCAGUUUCCAGUCAUUUUCUAAAUGACUUUCCUAUGGAUAGUACAGUAGAAGAGAAAAAUUCAAUCAUACAAUUAUUAGGUGAAAUACACGAUAAUGUCGCAAAAGAUUGUACAAGUUAUUUUCAAAGGUUUCGCCGACAAAUAUUUGUUACACCCAAAUCAUUCCUUUUGUUUGUAAAUGGCUAUAAACAUUUAUACAUGGAAAAUAAACAAGAUAUCGAAGAAAUGAAAAUUCAAAGAAUAUUAGGAUUAGAAAAACUUGCAGACGCAUCAAUACAAGUUGAAAGGUUAAAAAAGGAAUUGAUAGUAAAAGAUAAAGAAAUUCUUAUUGCAACAGCUGCUAGUACAGAAGUAACGACCAAGGUUAAUAUAGUAGUAAAAGCUGCAGAAAUUAGUAAAGCAGAGGUCGUUGUUGUAAAAGAUCGAGCUGAGAAAUUACUAAAAAUAAUUUCAAAAGAAAAAAAAAUUGCCGAAAUGAAACUUGCUAAAGCUCAACCAGCUUUAGACGCAGCAGAAGCUGCUUUGUUGACGAUAAAUGCAACUGACAUAGCCACAGUAAGGAAAUUAGGCAAGCCACCAUACUUGAUUACAUUGAUAAUGGAUUCUGUACUCAUACUUUUUCAAAAGAAGAUUCAGAAAGUUAUUCCAGACUCUGAUAAAUUAUUUUUAGAACCAUCUUGGAGCGAUUCUUUAAAACUAAUAUCUGAAACUAAAUUUUUACAUAACCUUCAACAUUUUCCAAAAGAUCAAAUCAAUGGAGAAUCAAUGGAUUUAUUGCAACCAUACUUCAAUUAUAGAGACUACACAUUCGAAAAAGCCAAAUCUGCUUGUGGGAAUGUUGCUGGGCUUCUUAGUUGGACAAUAGCUAUGAUCGAUUUCUAUAAAGUUAACAAAGAAGUGCUCCCGUUGAAAACUAAUCUUGCUCAACAAGAAGCUAAACAUAGUCAUGCAAAAGAACAGCUAGCAAAUGCAGAGGCCAUUGCUUAUGAAAAGAAUAAGGAAUUAUUAGAGGCGAAACGAAAAUUACAUGUAGCUUUAAGUGCUCAACAAUCAGUUCAAACUGAAGCUAACAGAUGCAAAUAUAAAAUGGAAUCAGCAACUGCACUUAUUGAGGGCUUAGAAGAAGAAAGAAAGAGAUGGACACAACAAUUGGCUGGAUUUAAUUUAGAUAUUAAAUAUUCUUUAGGAGACAUCGUUAUACUGACAGGGUUUUUAUCGUAUUCUGGACCUUUUAAUCAAGAAUAUAGAACAAAUAUACUAAAAUCAUGGUAUCAGGAACUAAAUAAGAAGAGUAUACCGAACUCGCCUGUUUUAAACAUAACUGAAAAAUUGGCCGAUCCACCAACAAUUAGCGAAUGGAAUCUACAGGGACUGCCAAAUGACGAACUAUCAAUUCAGAAUGGUAUAAUUGUUACAAAAUCAUCAAAGUUCCCAAUAAUGAUUGAUCCACAGAGUCAAGGGAUAACUUGGAUUAAAAAUAAAGAAUUAAUAAAUAACAUGGUUAUUACUUCAUUUGACGACAAAUACUUUAGAAAUUAUCUGGAAGACUGUAUAUCAUUGGGCAAACCAUUACUAAUUCAAGAUAUAUUACAAGAUGUUGAUCCAGUCAUAAACAAUGUAUUAGAAAAAAACUAUUAUAAAUUGGGCAAAAGUUUGAAAGUACUGUUAGGGGAUAAAGAAAUUGACGUAAGUCAUAAUUUUCGUCUGUAUCUAACAUCAAAACUUGGUAAUCCAUCGUAUCCACCGGAGCUCUAUGCUCGAUGUGCAGUCAUCGAUUUUACUGUCACUAUGAAAGGUUUAGAAGAUCAAUUAUUGAGUAGAGUGAUCGAAACUGAGAAAAAAGAAUUAGAACAAGAGCGUAUAGAAUUGAUCGCAGAAGUGACUUCUCAAAAACGCAAAAUGCAAAAAUUAGAACAUGAUCUUCUAGUUAAGUUAACAACUGUAAAAGGGUCUUUGGUUGACGACGAGUCGGUACUGUACACAUUGAAUAAAACGAAAGACACGGCUUUGGACGUUAAUAAAAAAUUAGAAGUUGCAGGAAAAACACAAGCUUCCAUCAGUGUAAUGCGUGAAAAUUAUCGUUCAAUAGCCACUCGAGGAUCUGUUCUAUAUUUUUUAAUCGUAGAAAUGGCAAUGGUCAAUCCUAUGUACCAAAAUUCAUUACAACAGUUUUUAGAACAAUUUGAUUUGUCAUUAGCAAACUCUAACGUUUCUAUUUCACUCGACCGUAGGAUAAAAUACAUCAUUGAAUACUUAACAUACGCCGUAUUUAAAUAUAAGUGCCGUGGUUUAUACGAGGUACACAAAACACUUUUUACAAUUCUCGUGGCUUUAAAAGUAGACCUUAACAUGGGGAAUAUCACGAGAAGUCAGUUUGAAUUUAUAAUUAAAGGUGGCGCUUCGAUUGAUAUAGAUUCCAUCAGGCCCAAGCCUUUUGAUUGGCUGACUGAUAUUUCUUGGAUGAAUUUAAAUAUGUUGCAAAAAUUUUCAAAAUUCGAGGACAUUUUGAAUAUUAUAGAAAAAAAUGGUAACGCGUGGAAAAGAUGGUACGAAAAAAGUAAACCAGAAAAAGAAAUCAUGCCCAACGGAUUAGAGAUGCUCAGUGUAUUCGAAAAGCUAUUGAUAAUUAGGGCGUGGUGUCCAGACAGAACGUUGAACCAAGCUUUCCAAUACGUUGAAAAUUCGCUGGGACCGAAAUUUGUUGAAGUUGUGAUGUUUGACAUCGAAGAAAUGUACAUAGAAUCAAAAAGUACUACACCACUCAUUUGUUUUCUAAGCAUGGGAUCGGAUCCUAGUAUUCUCAUUGAGAACACUGCGAAAAAAAUGGAAAUUCCGUUCCAUUCUGUAUCAAUGGGUCAAGGUCAAGAAAUACAUGCCGAGAAGCUAAUGAAACACUGUGCGGACAAUGGAGGAUGGGUAUUACUUCAAAAUUGUCAUUUGUGUUUGGACUUCAUGCAAGAAACGUUCAUAUAUAUAAAUACAAACGUGUCUACGAGUAACCAAGAUAAUUUUAGAAUUUGGAUAACUACAGAAGUUCAUCCAAAAUUCUCGAUAUCACUUCUACAAAUAUCUAUUCAUUAUACAUACGAACCUCCAGAAGGUUUAAGAGCAGGGUUAAAGAGAACGUAUAACAAUAUGGGAGAAGACAUGUUGAAUUAUACUAGUCUACCCCAGUAUAGACCCAUACUUUAUGCGAUUUCUUUUUUGCAUUCAGUCGUACAAGAGCGCAGAAAGUUUGGACCCAUCGGGUGGAACAUACCGUACGAGUUUAAUACAUCGGAUUGGUACUCCUCGUCUUUGUACUUACAAAAGAUGGUUGAUGACAUGAACAUUAACUCCACAUUCGACUGGAUCGCCUUAAGAUACAUGUUGGCCGAAGUACAUUACGGUGGCCGUGUGACCGAUGACUAUGAUCGACGAUUGUUAUACAAUUUUACAGAACUUUGGUUUACCGAUAACCUGUUUUCCCAAAACUUUUGUUUUUAUAAAGGGUACGACGUAUUGAAUUAUGAUCAAUUAUCAGAGUAUCUAUCCGCGAUCGAAGAAAUGCCACACAAGGAUCCACCACAAUCGUGUGGACUUCAUCCAAACACUGAUAUUACGUAUCAAACAAAUAUGGUCCAAGAAAUGUUUGACACAAUAAUAUUAAUCCAGCCGAAAGGGUCUAGUGGUGGAAGUGAUGUGACAAGAGAAGAAAUAGUAUAUAACACGGCCACUGAACUAUUAGAUAAACUACCACUUCUUUUUAAUAUGUUUGAACUCAAAGAAAGAUUGAUGUUGAUGGGUGCGACAGAACCAAUGAAUAUAUUCUUAGGCCAAGAAAUCGAUCGUAUUCAAAAAGUUAUUGAAUUGGUAAAAAGUACUCUAGAGGAUCUUUUAUUGGCGAUUAACGGAAUUAUCAUAAUGAAUGAAGUUUUGACCGAGACUUUGAAUUACUUAUAUGACGGUCGAAUCCCGAUGCACUGGUUAAAGAUUUCAUGGACGUCAUCGACAAUAGGUUUUUGGUACAACGAAUUGCUGAAUCGCCACAGUCAGAUAUAUUUGUGGGUAUUUAAUGAAAAGCCGAAUCUGUUUUGGAUGACCGGUUUUUUCAAUCCUCAAGGGUUUUUGACGGCAAUGAAACAGGAAAUAUCUAGGGCUCAUGAAGGCUGGACUCUGGACAACAUUUUGCUCGAAAACAAAGUCACGACUUGUAAUAGAUUUGACAUAAAAAAAUCACCAUUGGAAGGGGUCUAUGUGUACGGACUGUUUUUGGAAGGAGCGGGUUGGGACAGAAAAGCUCAAGAACUCCAGGAAUCCUUGCAUAAGAUCAUGUACACUGAAAUGCCCGUCGUACACAUAUACGCGACAAAUUUGUUAAAAAAUAGAGCCGUUGUUGGAUAUCGAUGUCCAGUGUAUAAAAAACCAAAGAGAACCGGAUUAACGUACGUGUGUGAACUACGGCUGAACACGCCGCAAGACAUUUCUCCAACUCACUGGAUAUUGAGGGGAGUAGCUCUUCUUUGCGAUAUUAAAUAA